CCCAUCCAUUGAUCUCCUUCUCGGCCUUUUUUUUUCACCUGGGUGGAUUCUCCGAUCCAUCCACACAUCUCUCUUGUCAUGCAACACGGCCCGGGUCAUCACCAAGAUAGCAAGAGUCAUCGUCAUGGAUAGAUCAACUCCGCCUCAGACCCAACGGAUCAUCUCACCCGGGGCUGUUUCAAUCCAUGGUGAGCUGAGGGAAACCCCACGAACAUCAUCCUCACGACGUUUGUGUGGUGGUACACGCACCCGCCCCUCUUGUCCACCCUCGGGUGACGUUAAACCCCACGGCCUCUGUUGGCUUAAGUCGACGGCCAGCCGUGACAGCAACUUUGGGGGGGAACCCGCGCAACUCCAGCUCUCGUUUCUUCUUCUGUUUAGCUCCAACCCUCUUGACUGCCACUGCGCGCUUUUUCCUUUGCGCAGGCAGUGCCCAUCCAUGCUUGGGAGGGAGGGUUACUGCUGACUCUCUCCGUCGCUGAAGUAAUGCUCACCCAUUCCGUCCCUCCCCCCUUCCCUCAUGUGCUGGGGGGAAAGGCUGCUGCUGCUCGUCCACUGCCGAGUUCCUCCUGCCUACCUACCUGGCCCUGCCCUGCCCUGCCCUUUAAUUCUCCCUCCUCCCUCCCUCCCUCUCUUCCUUCUCCCUCCCUCCCUCCCUCUCUCUCUCUCUCUC